UUGACGUUGAUUUGUAUAGUUAUAUAGAAUGUUGACAAUUUGAAUAUAUAAUAAUGUACAAGUCCGUGAUUCUCUAAAUAAAUAUCCUGGUGCUCAAACUUUGAGCAACCUUUGACAAGAAACUAUAGAGGGAUAUGGCGGUUGGCGAGGAAAACGGCGGCGGAGUACGGAGGAGAGGAUGCACCUUCCAAAAAAACGACUUCUUCCCGGAGGAGUCGUUUAAAAGUUGGGGAAAUUAUGGAAGAUCGGUGAUGGAGACACCAUUCCGAUUGAAAGAUCGUGUGUUGAAACGAUCCAGUGAUCAUUCGGAGUUAUUCGAAGUUAAGGCUCGGAGUGGUAAUGAGAUGAAGAAGACGUUGAAUUGGUGGGACUUGAUAUGGUUCGGCAUCGGUGCUGUCGUCGGUUCCGGAAUAUUUGUGCUUACCGGACUUGAGGCUAGGCAUCGGUGCUUGUCACUUGUUCAUUUUUCAGUAAUUUUACUCUCACACUAUUUCUACAUUAAAUGCAAUCUUACUAAAUUAAUUACAAGAAUUUGAAAUAAAUUAAAAUAA